AUGAAUGAGAGCUCCGACGACGACGACGCCACCGUGAAAGGCAAGGCUCGUUACUUCGCUUGUCCCUUCUACAGAAACAAUGCCGUACGCCAUUCGGCCUGCUUAAGUCUCAGAAUGGUUCGGAUCCGAGAUGUGAAGCAACACCUCCAGAGGCGACACUCGGAGCCUCGCUACUACUGCUCGACUUGCUACAAGAGGUUUGAAACAGAACUGGAGCAGUCUCAACACGUGCAGAGUCAGUCUGCUGUACUGUGCUCCUCGACCGACGAAGAAUUCGACUUCGUUCCACCACACGCAAAAGACCUUCUCAAAUCCAAGGUUAGCAGGAAGGAUACAGCGGAGGAGCAAUGGUACACUGUCUGGGACAAGAUAUUUGAGCCAAAGCCAAGACCUUACCACCCGUACAUGGGAACAGUCAUAGAAGAAGUCAGCUCUAUGCUACAAAAGUUUUGGCAGCACGAAGGAGACCAGAUUGUUUCGAGGUUUAUGGAAACCCGACAAGUUCAAAUGGAGAAAGAAAUUAAUCUCAAGGAUACUCUGAAAUACCUGAUGGAAGAAUCUCAUCACAUCUUUGGAAGGAAGUUCCGAUUUUCACAGGCUGUGGAGAGAUCCAUUCAGUCUUCAAGCAAUGAAGAGCUUUGUGGCCCUAGAUAUCAAGCUUCGGGGUCCUCACGUGGCGAAGAUACGCCAGCUUUAUGCACCAUGAUGACUGGUCUAGACCAGGAGAGCUUCGAAUCUCUUUCUCAUGAUCUGACCUCUCAACAUUUUGGAGAGGACGAGGAGGACAACAGAAUCUGGAGUGGGAUUUACGCAGGAAUUAACGCAAAGAUUCCUUCUGCUCCUGAAGAUAUUGACUUUGCAGGCAUUGGAACCGGCACAGAGGAAUUCAACAUCGAUUUCACAACAUCAUUUGGAUGUGAAUUUGUUGGCUAG